AUGUCUCCUUUGGCAUUGCUAAAAGAUACUACUUCCUACUUCUCACCACUUCUGACCGGUGCUGUUGCCGCCUUCACAUUCUUCCUUUUCGCCAAAUAUAUCUAUCGUGUCACCUUUCAUCCUCUUGCCACCUUCCCGGGCCCAAAACUGGCAGCGCUCACCAGCUUAUAUGGAGCCUCCUACGACUUGCUUCCCGAUCGCUCAUACUGCAAACAAUUUCCUGCUCUUCACGACACAUAUGGUCAUAUGGAUGUUCUUAUCACCAACGAUAGCUGCUGA